GUCAUGUUUCAUCAUGGACCGCAUUGGCGCUACUACCAGCCCAUUGUUUUAAUAUAAAAGAAGCAUCGCUGAUAUUUAUACUACAUUCACAACCUCCCUCCAACCAAGCCAAUGCCAAAGUCAAAGUCAAAGAAUUGAAUUCGAACUGAAAAGACCAUGACCUCACACUCAACAUGCCCUUCCACCCACUACCCAAAAUCCUACUUAAAAUCCUACCCAACCUCCUCACCAUCACCAUAAUAACCACCCUCCUAAGCGCUCUCGUCACAGCACAACAACAACAACACACAACAAUAAUCAUAACCGUAACCGCCACGCCGACCACCCCUCCCAACCCCCCCUCCUACACCUCCCCAGCCCUCUUCCAAAACUCCAUCCUAAACGUCACCAACACCUACCGCAACGCCCACAACGCAUCAAACCUCACCUGGAACACCACCCUCACCGAAUACGCCCAAUCCUGGGCUGAACAAUGUAAAUGGCAGCAUUCGAACGGCCCCUACGGCGAAAACCUCGCCUUCGGAUACCCCAACACGACAACCUCAAUCUGCGCAUGGGGCGACGAAAGCCAACAUUACGAUUUCAAGCUCCCUACGGGCUUUAGUGAAGAGACGGGCCAUUUCACGCAACUCGUGUGGCGGGCGACGCGACAGGUGGGAUGUGCGGCCGUGGAUUGUGGGUUGAAUGGGACGCGGAAUGCCUCGACGGGGGAGUUUGUGCAUCCGCAGGGGUGGUUUUUGGUGUGUGAGUAUGCGCCGCGGGGGAAUGUGAUGGGCGGGGAUCGGAGGUGGGGCGAUAAGGAGUUUUUUAGGAUUAAUGUUCAGGAGGGGAGGGAGUAUAAUGGGCCGGAUGUGACGGGGAGUGAGAGUUCGGCGGAUGGGGGGUGGAGGGGGAGGAGAAGGGGGUGGUUGAUGUUGUGGUUGUGGUGGUGGGUUGGGGUUGGGGUUGGGAUUGGGGUGUUGUAG